AUGAACCAGCCAGGGGGCUCAAGACGGCGCUCACGGCAUGCACAACAGCAGACCAGAGCAGGCCACGAGGUCAGUCAGAGUAUGCAGCAUACCCGAGUCCUUUUGCCAUCUCACUCAUAGUCUCGUCCCGCUCUCAUCUCCUAUGGCGCCGUCCCCGCUUGUCGAAACGCGCUCGAUCGCACCGUCGUACGAUGGCACCCACCUGCACACGCCUACAUGCAUGCAUCCACCCGCCAGCUCUCGCAAGCUUAUUCGUCCCUCGCCGCUGAGCUGACACAGAAGGAGCUCAAGUCGAUCGGGGGAUACACCUUGGGCAGAGUUAUUGGCGAAGGUCAGUCGUCUGGCGCCUCAUCGAGACCGGCUCAACCCCGCCCCGCCCGUCGCGUGCAUGCCACUGACAUGAGAGCUUCGGACACCGUGCAGGCUCAUUCGGCAAAGUCAGGAUUGGAGUACAUCGACUGACCAACACCCGUGUCGCGAUCAAGCAAGUGUCCAAGAGCUCGCCCGUCAACGUCAGUGCCCACCGCACCGCGUGCGCCUUGUGCUCCCCUUGCCUUGCUCACGGUCACCUCGAUUGCGCAGCCUUCCGAUCGUGGAGCAGCAGCCUCGUCUCCACUGUCACUGUUGACGCGAGAACUCCACCACCAUCGGCGACUGCGCCACCCCCACAUCCUGGCCCUGUACGAGAUCAUCGCGACCGAGUCGUCCAUCUACCUCGUCACCGAACUCUGCACCGGCGGCGAGCUGUUCGACUACCUCGUCGAGAAGGGCCGGCUCUCAGCCUCGGAAACACGGCGCAUAUUCGGUCAGCUCGUCCUGGGCGUCGCCCAUCUCCAUCAAUCCGGCGUCGUGCAUCGCGAUCUCAAGUUGGAGAACGUGCUGCUCGAUGAACGCGUCAACGUCAAGAUCGCCGACUUGGGCUUUGGCAGGGAGUUUGAAAAGGGGCGUUGGAUGGACACGUGGGUCGGCACUCUCGGCUAUUGUGCACCCGAAGUCGUUGCUGCCAAGAGAUAUCAUGGCGAAGGUGCGUCUCGAAAUCUGUACAGCAUGGUGUGGAUAUCUGCGCUAAUCCAAGCGCGGAAGAGUACAGAGGUCGACAUUUGGUCACUCGGUGUCAUUCUCUACACGCUGUUGGCCGGCUCACUACCCUUCGACGAUGAUGACGAGGGUCUCAUGAAGGAGAUGAUUCUCAAGUGCGAAUACGAUAUCCCAACCUGGCUCGACGACGGUUCGUUUCGUCGGCUCGGGCCUUCCUGGGCAAUCAACAUCUUCAAAACGACUGACAGCGAUGCCUCACGUACACAGACGCGACUGAUCUCAUCCAAAACAUCCUCGUACUCGAUCCGAUGCGACGAUUGACACUCAAAGCGAUUCUUGCACACCCCUUCUUCACACGCCCACCACCCCCAAAACUUCCGUCCGAGCCGUCGUACCACCAUCUAUACCACCACGGCCAUCGUCGGGACGCGUCCCCUCAUACCACACGAGAUGCUUUUCCUCCCGCAAUCCCUGAAGAGGGCAGUGCGACCGAGUCUCCGCUCGUCGAUGAAUCGGCGCUCAUGGCGAGCACGUCCUCCUCGACCGGGCAUCUCAACCUCUCCGCCUCAGAGGUCUCGGCAGAUUCAUCGCAUUUGUCCAUCUCUGGAUCCGAGCCUGAACGAACGAGAUCCGGUGCGACGACGCCGCUCACUUCGGAAGAAGAUGGACUUGCGGCGCUGCAGGAAACCUUGACGGCCAUGAAUGCUCGCAAGGCUGGGAAGCAACGUGCUGUUGACCAGGACUCGUCCGACGACAAUGGGGUGUUGCUGCAUCGCAACGCAUCGCAGACAACCAUUCGUAGGGACGCGUCGAUGCUCAUGGAGGACUCGCACUCGACGACUUCGGAUCCGAUCCCGACGACGACGACGCGCUCGAGCAAGUCGUAUACGACUCCUCUUUCGACGGCCGACGAGCACGAGUUGACGAUUCCCGCUGUGCCGAGUUACGCCUCGUUGCUUGGGUUGUGUGCGCCGCCACUUCAGCGCAACCUGUCGGCGUCGUCGAGUGCCUCGUUCGGGAGUCAGACGGGUUCACCGGCGGCCGUGCACUCGAGGACGCCGUCUCGCACGAAACGACGCUCUGUCGGAUCGACCUUUUCCGAGCGCCUUUUCCCGCUUGACGAAGAAUCGCCGAUGCAACUCGUCGACUACUUUGCGAUGUUGUCCGAACCUCAUCCGGCGCCCCUCACGACGCCGCAGGAGCAAGCGCUGCUCGACUCGUUGACGACACUCGGCUUCGACACGGGUCAGAUAGUGCACUCCAUUACGACGCAUGCGUGCGACUCGAGCGCCGCGGUUUAUUGGAUGUUGAAGCGCAAGGCAGACGAGAGGGAACGCGAGAAGCUCGAGUCCGAAGCUGCGGCACCUCUGGCGAGUAGUCCGGCCUCACUUCCGCGGUCUUUGACGUCUUCGAUCCGACGAGUACCAUCCAACGAUGUCAUUGACGAAAGUGCUGGCGCAAACGCCUCGACUACACCGCCAGCUCCCACCCUCGUUGGUCCGACUAAUUCCAGACAACGGACAAGGACUCCCGAGAACGGACCACCGCAAGGCGAAGCUCCACAAACACCCGAUGAGCGAGCCCAAGAGCGACUGUCGUACUUUUUGCAUCAAACGCCGCUGUCGUCCUUGAAUCUCGCAUCCUUCGACUACUUUCCUCCGGCUGGGACGAACCCCUCUCCGCAGAGGCGAGUUGUACACUCCAAGUCGUACGAACGCAAUCUGCUCGCAGCCUCGGUCGACUCGAAGGGAACGCCGAGGACGCCUUCCCCUCCUCGCUUCAACGUUCACAUCCCGACGGCCAGUCCACCGCCAAUGGUCGGGCGUACGCAAUCGGCCACGAGCGAGACGACGACAGUGGCCUCGCCCGAUUGGUCGAAAACGAAGCGACAGCGCUCCUCCUCGACGACAAUGCUCCUGGCCCGAGCGACAUCUGCAAUCGGUCUCAAAAAGUCCACGAACGAAAGCGGUCCCAACGAUGAAGAGGACCGUUCGGACUCGCCUGCUGGGUCGACCAAGUCGUCGGGCGGCUUCUUCGCUCGCAAGGGAUCGUUGCCCUCGGAGGAGAUGAUGACGCCGGCGGCAGGCACGCCUUCGAAGUCGGCACCUUCGUCUCCACGUCGAGCAUCGGCCGGUAAUCCGCUCAGUACCUCAUCGUUGUCGUCGAUCAUGGCGUCGUCGGCUUCGGCACUCGAGGCAGGAGGUGGAUCGACCGGCGCAGCACUCCAGGAGGUGACUUCGGAUCCCGGCUCGAGCACGAUGGUCCAUUCGAAUUCGCACGAGACUUUUUCGACUGUGACGAGCGCAGCUGCAACGGGUGAGGAUGGCUCGAUCCACGAUCUCGAUCGGAGCACUUCGCACACGGCGGCGACGAAGGCUGCGGGGAAGAAGAAGGGCGCGAAAGCUGGCAACCUCUUCUCGAACCUUCGCCUGUGGUUCGGUGAUGAUCGACGAAAGGCUACGGCGACGAAACGCGGAGUGCCGUUAGGCCGAGUCGAUUCGGUCGCGUCGACGCUGAGUCGCAGUGGGUCGAGGAGGAGCGCGCUGGGGUCAGCGCCGAUCACUCGGAGUGCGAUGGAGGGCCGAUCGGGUUCGGGCGAGUACUAUCGGUUCAACGUCGGUUCUGCUGGCGGGACGACCUCGAGACGCUCGUCGGUUUCGUCUGUGAACCGCUCAGGUUCGAUGAUCCAGUCCUCGAGUCUCGUGCAUCGCAAGCGACUUUCCGAUACGAGCAUCGCGACGAGCGAACCCAAGUCGAGGCCCGGAUCGGUCAGGUCGUAUUCAUAUGAUGGUAGUCGACGAGUUCGUGAUCGGCGAACGUCGUCCUUGUCGAGUCACGGAAUAGCGCCCAAGGACGUUGCCAAACAUCAGCCCAUCACUACGACCGUCCAUCGCACAAGAUCGCGCGCAAACAGCCAUCACCAUCACCACGGGCACACCACGGGCACGCACUCGCGGACACGCUCGAUUUCGAGUGUCAACACACGGCAUUCGAGCUCGUCCUCGAUCGGCGGCGACGACGUCGAUGUUGGUGAGGGUGUCGAGGAGCCUUCCAAAGGCAAAGAGCCGAUCAUCGAAGAGGACGAAUCGAACAUCGAUGACCUGAACUCGUCUUCGGCAGAUGCCGCUGCUACCGUCGGUCCUGGAGCCGAUGAAGCAGACGAGGAGGAACGUCGGUCGAACGAGCGUAACCGGGCCCUGCGACUCUUGUCCGGCGAUGCGAAGCGUCGUUCGACGGGUGACGUCUCGAUUGCAAACUCGAUCUCGCCUCGCGUGUCCCUUGAGAGCACUCGACCUCAUACCCCGACUCGGUUCACGGCCCAUCGUACGACGCAUCUGUUUGGUGCGCCUUCGCAGCCCGCUGCUACCAAGUCAAAAUCGCACGAGAGCGACGCGCAUCAUUCGCAGCAAUCCUCGUCGGUGUCGAUCCUUCCUCGACGACCUCCGAUUCGCGACGUCUUUGUCUGGAAGGAAGGUGAGGAAUGGGAGGACGAGGACGACGAGCCAUCGGGUGGGUUCGGACAAGCGCCUUCGUCUCGAUUGGCGAUCGAAAACAGCAAGAUGGCGAGUGGGACUGGGGUCGCACGUUCGCCUUCGCUCGGUGGACCAGGGUUGGUGGAGCUGCGCAAGUUUGCCGAUUCGCCUGCUGCUCGAUCCGGGAUGAGGGGAGAGCAAGGUGGUGCUGCUAGUGGUGGCGCAGUGGGGGGAGGGAGGCAACCGUAUUGGCGACGACCGGCGGGAGCGGCUCCGGUUAUGAUCGAGGAGGAGGAGGAGGAGGAUUAG